AUGUCAUCGUCUAUUAUUCAAAAUCAAGCAAGAAGAUAUACCUAUUGUGGGGGGUAUGGUGCUGGUGCUUCCAAUAAUAAUAUUUCCCCCGGCGACCAAAAACAAGAAUACUUAACAAAUAAAGAAAAUUUAAAUUACAUUAACGACAAACAAUAUCAUAACUCUGUGGCAGAUAACUCGAGAUCCAAAAGAUCCUCGUCUUCUUAUAACCAAAAUAUUACUUCAAACAGCAAUAAUGGGGAAACUAUAGCCAGGAAUAACAGGUCUUCCUAUAUGCGUAGAAAACAACUAACUUUUGGUCCAUACGUUGUGGGUUCUACAUUAGGUGAAGGUGAAUUUGGAAAAGUUAAGCUAGCAUGGACAAAGGCAUCACUUGCAUUAAAACAAGUUGAUAACAAUGGUAAUACUGUUUCAACAAAGAAUUCAAUACCUAAACAAGUUGCAAUUAAGUUAAUUAAAAGAGAUUCCAUUCCACCAGGUUCAGAGAAGGAAACUAAAAUUUUUAGAGAAAUUAAUGCACUUAAGCAUUUGACUCACCCCAAUAUUGUGCAUUUAGAAGAAGUUUUGCAAAACUCUAAAUAUGUAGGCAUUGUUUUAGAAUAUGCUUCUGGUGGAGAGUUUUAUAGAUAUAUUCAAAGAAGGAAAAGAUUAAAGGAACCACAAGCCUGUAGAUUGUUUGCUCAACUAAUCAGUGGUGUCCAUUAUAUGCAUUCUAAGGGAUUAGUACAUCGUGAUUUAAAGUUGGAAAAUUUAUUAUUAGAUAAAUAUGAAAAUUUAAUCAUUACAGAUUUUGGAUUUGUCAAUGAAUUUGUGCCCGGUUAUAACGAAUUAAUGAAAACUUCAUGUGGCAGUCCAUGUUAUGCUGCGCCAGAAUUAGUGGUAUCCAGUAGACCAUAUUUGGCGAGAAAAGCAGAUGUUUGGUCUUGUGGUAUUAUUUUAUUCGCCAUGUUAGCUGGCUAUUUGCCGUGGGAUGAUGACCCAACUAAUCCAGAUGGCGACGAUAUUGCCAAAUUAUAUAUGUAUAUUACUCAAACACCUUUGAAAUUUCCUGAAUACAUCGCACCCAUUCCGCGUGAUUUGUUGAGACGUAUAUUGGUAUCCCAUCCAAAACAUAGACUGGGGAUCAAACAAAUUGAACAACACCCUUGGUUACAGCCACAUUUACCAUUUUUGAGUGUUUCUCCAGAGGAAUGGGACAAAGCAAUGUCUGAUAAUAAAAUAUUUAGACCUCCAAAAUCGACGAAAAAAAACGUUCGUCCUAGAUCCACGUGUUCUACCUCCUCUAACGGCGAAAGAAAUUCGUUAGUUUUAGAUGGCUCUUAUAAUCCUCAACCUUUACCACCACAAGAGUCACACACUUUUGCCACAACUAACGAUAAUACCACUCAACAUACUGGUACGACUGGUGAUAAAAAUGCCAAUAAUAAUGAAUCCUCUGGUCUUGAAGAAAGUACCGAUAUCACUAAUUCUCAAAAUAAAAGAACGAUUAAUUCUGAGAAAAAUAAUAAAAAUACUUUUACACAUGAGAAUACCAACAGUGAUGGUAAUAGUGGUAUUAAUAAUAAUGCUUAUAACACUAGCGAUAUUAAUACUAUCGCAAUUACCACCAAAAAUACUGCUAAUGAUACUAGGGAAAAUAGCAAUGGACAUACGGCAAAUGAUAUUACCAUAAGUCCAGUAUUGGAUGUCAAGUUGAAAGUUCAACAUAAAUCUAAUAAUGUUUUAAAUAACAGUUCUGCUACUGAUUUGUUGAAUGAUUCAGCUACCAAGGAUGCUGCUUUAUCUCAUCCUAGAAGACAUAAACGAAAUGAUUCUGCUGCUUCUGCUGUAUUGCAGGCUGUUUAUGAUGCUGUAGAACAACAACGGAAAAGUUUUAUUGUUCAAAAUAACCAAACAUACGAUUCCUUACCAUUAUAUUCAAGCGCUACCCCUAAUAAGACAUCAAAAUCAUCUUUGCAUAACAACAACAACAACAAUAAUAAUAAUGAUAACAUCGAUAAACAUAUUGUUACCAAUAAACAUGGUAGAAAAUUUGCAGAUGGGAAUACAAGUUCAUCUUCUUCCAAUGUUAAAUUUAAUUCUGUCCCUCAUAGAAAACCAAGACCUACCUCAUAUCAACCUGCUUCUACUACUGUAUCGUUUUCAUCCUUUGAGUUUCCAAGUUCUGGUUUUGUUACCAAGGACACCGAAGGGCUUAAUAAGCCUAAUAAAAAUAACAAGGACACUGAGGGUUCAAAUACUAUUGUAAGUAUUAAUGACGUGAAUGGAAAUAAGAUCAAUGGAAGUGGAAGUGUGAAAGUGAACCAUGGCUCAAUUAUCAAGGAAGAAGACGAGGAAGAAGAGAGUACUAGAGAGGAAAAAACCCCCAAGGAACUAAAUAAAAACAGCAGUGUACCUAGUGCCAAGCAACCACAUAGAUCAGUUUCUAGCAACACCAGAACUUCUAGUAAUGGUGUUCGUCAAGGGUCUAAUACUAGUGCUUCUGGUGGUUCACCAAAUAUACCACAACAAAGGAAAAUAUCCACAAAUUCAACGGAAACAAGAAAAAGUAAAAGAUUUAGUUUUUUAUCAUUUUAUUCACUAUAUAAUAAUUCAAAAACUAGUAUAGAAGACACUGAGUCAGAAUCAAUAAAAAGAAAAUCAGUUUCUAAUGAUGAUAAAUUUAGCACCACGCCAGUAGUUAAUAGCGCUGGUAAUAGUUCUGCUUCGAGUACGCCGAAUCCUAAUAAUCGACAUUCUAUGUUUAUAUCUAAACAAUCUAAUGAUUCAACUAGUGAAUAUAAUAGUAAUGCAAAUUUAAAAAAGUUACCGUCUUCCAGCAAAAGACGUCCCAGCACUAGAAACUCUAUAGCAGUUUCCCAACUUCCAAACUCAUCUUUCACUUCAUCUUCAAACCAUACUGGAGGUAUUUAUGGUAACAAGUCUAGACGGAAUGCUAGUGGGCAAAGUAAUAAAAGUGCUGGCACAGGCAGCGUUACUGUUCCUGAUGCGAAAAAUAGUGGUACUGGGGAAAGCACUGCUAAGAAAGUUUUAGAUUUUUUUAAAAGAAGAAGUAUGAGAUCAUGA